ACACUUCAAAGCAUCAAGGAUUUUGUUAAGAAUGUAUUAGGAGUUUAUGUCGUGUAAAAUGCGAGUACAAAAAUUAAAAAACUACGUGUAUUAUUUGAAAACAAGUGGUACUUGCGUUGUGAUACUAGGAAGUUGCUGGUUCCUAUAUCAAGUGCGACAAGUAUCACAGAUCGUUCGAUCCACUGUCAAUAUAAAUGUGCUAAACUUAGAACAAACACAUGCACAAUAUAUUUAUAUCGACGAUCCUCGAUUUAAAGAUGUGUUUAUGUUCAAAAAAGAUGAGGAUUUACAGAGAUCGGCUUUGGAGAAGCCACAAAGUUUUACUGAUAUAUUCACAAACUGGUGGAAGAUAAAAAAUCAUAAAAUAGCAUACAAAUUAUUAUAUAUGGCUCAACAUGGGGACAAAACUGAACGAUUCAAAGCUGUAACUGCUCUUAGUUCCCUAUCAAAUUUGAAAGAUUGGCAAUAUCGUCAUUUAGCACAGAUGUUGGAUGCUAGAACAGCAGUAGCUCUUGCAAGAAUGUCAAAUGUUAAUCUACAGUUCUUUUUACAACCACCAUAUUAUCAUAUACAAUAUAACUUACAUGAUAUAUUAGAACAAGUAUACUCAUUGCUGUUACAUUUGAAUACUUUAUGUGAUAAUGCACAUCUCUGUCUUACACAAUUUCUUAGUAAAAAAUUCAAAGAUUCACAUCGAUAUCUUGUAGAAUGGUUUGAUCAUGAUUUGACAAGCGUAGGCCUUUUGGCAGACUCAACAAUUGUCUGGGAUAAUGAAUUGCUUAAAAAUUGUAUUCAAGCAAUCUGUCACCAUUCAUCUGUGGAAGAAUAUAGCAAACACUUGAUCACUGCCGGAGCUUUGCCGAUAUUAACAGCAAUACAGAAAAUUUGUAACGAUGACAUUGAAGUUUGCAUAUUACUCGCGAAAAUAUUAUCCAAUAUAUCUCUUCAUCCCGAGUUUCUAAACAGUAUUUAUGAAUCUGGAUGGAUCGGCAUAUUGUCACGUUGGUCCCGCAGUGAUGAUAUUCGUCUGUCAGCACAGGCGAUUAGUGCAUUAGCGAAUUUGGAUACGAAUGGAAACGAAGGAGCAAAAUAUCCGCAGAAUGUUUAUCUUCUUCAUCCGGUACAUAAAGUUCAUGCAGCUACAAAGAUGGAUGUUGUGUUUUUGCAUGGACUGUUAGGUGGAGUUUUCGUUACCUGGAGACAACGCGAUGUAGAUACUUCUGCACUUGAAAUUAUAGAUUCCAAUACAUUAAAUCAGAUGGAUUAUUUAUCUACCGUGAUCGACAAUGAUCAUUCUCAGGAAUUCUUUAAAGACUUAGCUCACGAUCUGUACUUACAUGAAUGGAGAAAAAUAGGUCAAAAUUUUGAAGUAGUACUGGAUGAUUGUCCACAAAACACAAAUGCUCAAGCAUGCGGACCUUACUUUUGCAAAGGAGAUAAUGCCUGCAUGAAGAAUGAGUUCCAUUCUACAUCUAAAACACUAUGUUGGCCCAAAGAUUGGUUACCUAUGGAUAUACCAUAUUUACGACUCAUAGGUAUUAAUUAUGAUACAAGUUUAUCUAUGUGGACUCCUUUUUGCCCAAUAGAAAAUAAGAAGAACACUAUUAAAGAGAGGAGCGAAGAAUUCGUUAUCAAAUUAACAAUGGCAAAUGUGGGAAAGCGGCCGCUUGUAUGGGUCGGCCAUUCAAUGGGAGGAUUAUUAGUUAAAAAGAUGCUUGUAGAAGAAUGGAAAAGUGGAGAUAAACAUGAUAUUUGCAAGAAUACCAAAGCUAUUCUAUUUUAUGGUACUCCUCAUCGAGGUUCUCAUGUAGCAGCUCUGAAACAAAUGACGCAAAUGUUGAUAUGGCCAACAGUUGAAGUUCAAGAACUGCGUGAAGAAUCACCACAAUUGCUAAGAUUGCAUGACGAAUUUCUAGAAAUGUUGAAAGAAUAUCACAUAGAGAUUGUAAGUUUUGCGGAGACCAAACCUACGCUUGUAACCACGCUAAAAUUUCCCUUCCAAUUCGUCAGCCUUAAUUCGGCAGACCCUGGCAUAGGGGAAUUCUUCGAAAUUCCACAGGAUCAUUUAUCAAUAUGCAAACCAGCUAGCAGGCUAUCAUUCUUAUACCAAAAACUUCUGAGCGUGCUGAAACACCAUGUGAAUCCUCAAGAAAAAAAAACUAUUUCGUCGAUUGGAAACUUAUUUUCAUUUAAAUAAAUUAUUUUAGAUCUGUAUAUAAGAGUCUUUUAUAUAUUUUUUUAUAUAAAUUUGAAUAUGUGUGAAGACUAUGUAUGACUAAUUGUACAAAAAAUGUGUACAACUCAUUAUAACUUGGUCUUAAUGUGUUGUUAUUUAUAAAUUCAUUGUCAAUCAUCACAUUUUCUAUUUUAAUUACAUAGGCCGUGAUCGUGCACGAUCUAUCGAAUACACCGUUACAAUAGUUGCUUCGGAAGAUAGUUCACAAAAUAAUUCACUUCGUAUAAGCUCCCCAAUUAAACUUUCCAACAUUUGAUUGCCCUUAUUUCCAAUGUCUCGCCUUUUUUUCAAUCGCGUGGCCCCCACGUUGGGCGUCAAAUUUUUACGACGUAUUAUUUUUCUCAUCCUCUUCACCACCCGAGGAUUAGAAAAAUUACAUCACAAUAUAUAUAGGAAAG